AUGAAGGGGCUUGUCGACUACGGAAGUGACAGCGGAAGCGGCUCUGACGAUGAACCGGGCGAUAUUGUCUCAAAUGCCCCUGCUACUUUACCAAAGAUCACCAAGGCCGAGCACUCGUCUUCAAAUGGUGGCGAUGAUUCAUACUUUGCGGAAGACGAUGUUUUUGAAGGUACGUCCUCGCUGAAUUUACCGGCUGUCAUUGAACCCAGUACGUCGGCCACGAAAAUCAAAGCUGAAGGCGAGCUAGAAGAUAUGGUUAAACCAAAAGAAUGGGAAAUCAAAUUAGCCGAAAAGGAGCGAAGGCGUAGGGAAAAGAAGGCCAAGAAGAGAGAGAAGAAGGAAAAGCGUAAAAAGGAAAAGCACGUCGUGGAAGCAGUUCCUAAUGGCCAAGAGAAGAGUGUGAAAGGAAAGGCUAAAAUCGCAGCUUUCGGUGCAUUGAAUGCGAUAGCUGGCAAAAGCGACAGUGACAGUGAUGAUGAAAAGGUAGAUAAGUCGCCGAUAGUCCCGAGCAAACCGAAGGGAUCAGGUUUGUUAUCCAUGUUGCCGACUCCAAAGAGUGGAAAAUCAACGAUUGGUCUUGGUGGUGCUAACAGCAAGAGCGCAGGCAUCAUGCUACCGCCUUCAAUGAGAAAUAAGAACACUUCGAACAAGGCACAUGUUGGGAUCGUUCCGCUCUUUGAUCGACUGGCAGUAGACGUCGAUGUGGACGAGGCCUAUGGCUAUCCUGAAGUUGGUCCUUCUUCUAGCGAACCGCCAAUGGAAGGAGUCAUUACUGAUGAG